ACCCUUGAUAACAAAACCUGAGUGGGGGCAACGUUUCGCCUACUUCGUCCAAACAACGCUUACACCUCCCCGCGGUCGGUGAUCGCUAGGGACUAUCUACCAUGAGUUAUGAAUACUUCUCUGAUAUGAUGUGUCAGCUCCGUAAAGUAGCUUCAAUCUAUACAAGUUUUCUCCAGGGCGCCGAAAGAACCCCCGAGAUUCACAAACACUUCUGAAUUCCAGACAACGUCUCUGUAAUUGACUUUCGUUUUAUCUGACCUCCUCGCAGCCAGGAUAGGUGUUCCAUGUCUCUGAUUCCCCAGAAAACGCGAGCGCAUGUACCAUGUGGAUCUUUGUCCGUGAUACUCAUUAGUGCUUCUGUGUAUGCCCGUCCAUCACACUCACUGGUCACUAUAUGUAUGUACGUCCGUCACCGUGUGUGCUUACGUCCCUUCACACCUCUGUACGGACAAACACACAAACACUUCGUACUUUUUCAUAUCACCAUAGACUUACAGUCAAUGGAAUAAGCAGACAGAAUAGAAAGAACACCAAAUAGUUUGUAUAUCCACUUUACUUUCAGGUAUCUUUCGGAACAUGCUGUGAAAACAUUCAGUCCAAUAUUAAAACAAAAGUCAAAGGUAAAAUUCCAUUAACAUUCAUAUAGAAUAAUAUAAAAUCAAUUCGUCGUUCAUGUUAAGGACAAUGACUUCAUCUCCUGACCAAGAACAGCCACAGUUAUUCCCAAAUUUGACAGGACUUAUACUGCUAUGGCUGGAUCCAUCGGUCAAUGAAACAGAAGAGAACAUAGAAGUCCAACAGAAAUUACGUGAAGUUAUCAAUGAGUUGAAAACAUUCGAAGACAAAGAAGAAUGUGAAAAGCAUAUUCGAGCGAUUCGCGAUGAUCAGAAAAUUGUGCUUAUCGUCUCGGAGAGAUUUGCCGGAGAAAUAGUUCCCCGGAUUGAACAUCUGCCACAGUUGUUUUCCAUCUAUGUUUACUGUUACGAUAAAAACUUAGCGAAUGAAUGGACUAAACAUCAUUCAGAGAUGAAGGCUGCUACUGUCCAACUCGACGAACUUGUAUCAGUAAUUCAAAAAGACCAGGCAAAAAGAGCCAAGGAAGAGGAUUUAACCUGUUCAUUGAGUGUCUUUAAUCGAGCUGAAAACAAGGAAGAAUCCUCGUCAGGGCUUAACUCAUCUUUCCUCUAUUUUCAAUUACUCAUCGACAUUCUUCUGCGCAUAAAAUACUCACCAAAGUCACAACAAGAAUUAAUCGACCUGUGCAAACAGCAAUACAAAGGAAUCGCUGCAGAACUCGACAAUCUUCGUGAAUUUGAACAGACGUACUCAUCUGAUCGCGCGUUGUACUGGUAUACGCGCGAGAGUUUUCUCUAUCGACUAUUGAAUCGAGCAUUGAGAACACAGAACAUUGACUUACUGUUUACAUUUGGCUUCGUGAUCAAAGAUGUUCACGAACAGUUGAAACAACUGCAACAGUCAACUGACACUGAUCCUAUUCUCGAAGUCUAUCGAGGUCAGGUAAUGAAAACGAAGGAACUGGAACGAAUAAAAGAAAGUAUUGGAGAAUUUAUAUCGAUGAAUUCAUUUUUGUCUACCAGUAGAAACCGGUCCGUGUCACUUAAAUUUGCCUCCUCCCGCGCAUCCUCCGGUGACCUUCAGCCAGUUCUGUUUGAAAUCAGUGCUGACACUCGUAUUAAAUCAAGGAAGCCCUUCGCCAGCAUACAAUCGUUGAGUUUUUAUGGUGGAGAAGAGGAAAUUCUUUUUUCGAUUGGCUCCGUGUUCCGUAUUCAACAGAUUUACUUCGACAAUGAACAUCAAGUGUCGAUUAUUGCACUAACACUUUGCAGCGACGAUGAUAAUGAUUACAGGGAACUCUAUCAACACAUGAAACAGGAUGCGCGUGGAAAUAAAGAAACAUCCUUAAUUUCACUCGGCAGAUUGUUGCGGCAACAGGGAAAAUAUGAACACAGUAAAAAAUAUUACAAACGAUUAUUAUCUGAAUUACCGGAAAAUGAUCCAAAUAUUCCAAUAUGUUAUUACAACCUUGGAAAUGCUGCAAGCGAUCAGGGUAAUUUCGAUUCUGCUCUAGACUACUACAAUAGGACACUUGACAUUUAUCGUAAAAUCCUUCCGUCUGAUCUUAAUGAUUUGGCUGAUUGUUACAAUUGUAUUGGCGAAGUACACCGAGAAAAAGGCGAAAAUCAACUUUCUCUGCAGAAUUAUGAACUUGCGUUGAAUAUAUUCAACAAAACAAAUGAUCCACGUGCUGCUAAUUGCUACAAUAACAUGGGUAUUAUCUACGACGGAGAGGAGAAAUACGAUUUAGCUUUGGAUUCUUAUUAUAAAUGCUUGGAGAUAGAUAAGCAACAUCGUCCACCGGACCACCCUGAUCUAAUAAUACCAUACUUGAAUAUCGGCGAGGUUUAUCUUCAUAUGGGUGAAUACGAUUCGGCCUUGCAACAUUUAGAGACCGCAUUACGCAUGCAAAUAAAAGCAUUGCCUGAUUACCACAAAGUAACUGGCAACAUUUACGAGGAUAUUGGCCGGGCUUAUCAACUCAAACAUGACUAUGAACAAGCCUUAUUCAAUUUAAAUAAAGCUUUGGACAUUUAUCGUCAUGUAGUUCUACCUGAUCAUCCAGAAAUUGUCAGAACUGAAAAUUUUAUCCAACAAGUCCAGACUAACUUGAGAUUGUAA